AACAGUGCAAGUGCCUAAAAUAGACGCUUAACGGGAUUACAAGAACGUCACGUCGUCGUCAAGACGAUUUUGGAAUGUGGUGGACGCUAACUGGCAACUUCGGCAACAUCCUUCCAAUAGACUGGUCCAAAUCUUACGCUAGGAAAUUACAGAUCAACGCGUUGCAUUUAGAACAGGAACCCCGGACCCCAGCCGACGACGAGAUCGACUCCCUGAGCAGUGAAGAUGAGCAAGUGGCAGGCGAUCUGGACAUGCACGCGCUCAUCCUCGGCGGACUCGGUAAUCAAGAACAGGAACCACUUAAGACGGCGGACGAGGUGAUCAGGGAGAUCGAUGACAUGAUCAGGGAACAGGAGGAAGAUGGAUCGCCAGACUCUGCGGUAGAGUCUAUGACAUCAGCCUUGGAGAACAGCGAGGUCAUGGAGAAGGCCAAGGAGGUUUUGAGUUCGCCUCUGUACGAAGAUAAAUUGAGAGAUCUCAGCCUGUCGCAACUGAACGAGCUAUUCUUGGAGCUAGAGGUGCUGAUCCGAGAGUUUUCGGAAACCCUUAUCGCAGAAUUGGCACUCCGUGAUGAACUAGAAUACGAGAAGGAACUCAAGAAUACGUUUAUAUCUCUACUGCUUGCCGUACAGAAUAAAAGGAGGCAGUACCAUGUGGAGAAGAAGCGAAGCUCGAAAAACCCCUCGAUCAAACCUGCGAAUGGGUUGGAUCCCAAGUAUUUGACGACCGUGAUUCCUUAUCACAUAGACUGUGGACCACCAGAUAACCAGACGCUGCAGGUACUCAUCAAAAUUCUGAAAGCGAUUAAUGAAGAUAGUCCUACGGUGCCGACCUUACUAACAGAUUAUAUAUUGAAAGUCAUUUGUCCAACAUAAACAGAGAAGAUCCAAGCCACAAGACAUCUAGUUGAAGUAAGCUUUUGAUGCCGCAGCACAUUAGGUUGUUGAUGAAGAUAUUUUAAGCAUAAUACUUAGUCACAGUGUAUUUACUGUAAAGAUGUGUUAUGUGUUGACCAAACAUGUAGUAGGAUUCGAGGAUCGCAUUGGGAUAUUAUAUCGUACUCAGUUGUCCUUAAAUGCUGCUACACAGAUUGAAGAAAGUUACUAUAUCUGGAAGUAAAUAUAUAAACCAAAACUACUGGGGAAAUACUGACAAUACGUGUACCCGCGUUGAAAUUUCAUUUCGUGGGUUUUAUUGUCAAUAUUUUUUCUAGUAGUAUAUGAUAAAUGAAAAGUUUCGAUCUAUACAUGAUUCUAUUUGUUGGGAUAUUUAUUUAUUAUUAUUUAGUCUCUCUGUUGUAGUCAGUAUCAGAUUAUUUACAAUUUUGGUCAAAAUUCUACAUAUUCUUGUGUUGUCGGACAGGUUCCCUUACGGGAAGAUCCAGGAGAAACCGACAUACUUCGUCAAAAUCCAUUGCUUAAGUAAAACAAGAAUGAAUACACACAAUGCCUUUUUAUCGUUCUAUGUAUACAGGAUCGGCAGGAAAUCAUUGAGGUCCCGUAUUUAAUAUGUUUGAGCGAGCGAGAUAAAGAGAGAAACACGUAUGCGAGAGCGAGUACGCAAAUGAAAUGUGCUCUAGAAUAAGGACAAGUCUGGUCGUUUUAUUCCCGAUGUCGCUUUAACAUUCAUGUUUCUCUCUCUAUCUCGCUCGUGUAUAGUAAAUCAGUGAUUCUCUGCCGAUUAUGUGUUUUUUUUACACUGGAGUUGCUUCUGACUUCUGGCUCUGAAAAUGUAUUAUUUUUUACCCUAAUACACCGUAUUUCAGGGAUAUCCUAAUUUUUGAAUAUUUUAAGUGUUAACAAUGCAAACGUAAUAAGUGAAAAAUAUCCUUUCAAAUAGGAACAUGCUCUAAUUUAAUCCCACUUCUGAUGCCUUGAUUUCGUUUUUUCUUUAUACUCUACCACCUAGGGCAUGCGAUAUUUACUCUAUACUUCAGUAUAGUGCACUUUAAGUUGUAUAUAUUUCGUUUGAAAAUUCUAGUCGAUCCCAUUAGAUAGCUUGAAAACUGAACUGUUACCGGUUGAUUUUCAGAGACCGUAAUGCAGUUUUCAAGCAUAAUGUCUAUAAAAUGGGGCUCUACAAACAUGACAAACUGUACAUUUUUAGUGUUAUUUCUUUGUCUUGCACACAAAAUCGCUAUUUUGUGCAAUAUUUGAUAAUUUCGUGAACUCGUAGUAUACAGUUAUGUUAAGGACGCUUGGAAAGUUUUUUGAAAUGUAUCAGACGAUUUUGGAAAUCCCGUUGGUGAAAAAACUUCCUACCAAAAUGUACCUAUAUACUAGAUGCAUUACUUCUGUUAAAAGAUUAAGAUCAAAAUUAGGAAAUAUUUUUAGUCUAAUGAUUAUAUAAUGAUAAAAAAGGUCUUUUUUAGCAUAUUGACCGUUAGCCAUAUGGCUACUCCGCUUAAACUCAAAAACGAGGACUUUAUUUAGAGUCUCUCAAAAAAUCAUGGCGGUAAGAUUUCUUUUUGAAAAUAUUUGAGUGGCGGGGCAAUUUUGAAAUGUCAAUUUACCCCCCAAAAAAAAACAGGCAUCUGUUUUGUACAAUUUUGACAAAAUUUUCUUAUAUAUUUUUAAACAUGUAAAGUGAACACAAGUUUAAUGGAUAGUGCUAUAAUAAAAUGCAGGAUAUUCAGAUAACAAACAAUGACGACUAGAAGAAUUCUUCCAUAGUUUUCUUGCAUAAAUGGCUAACUGAAAGUUGAUAUAUUUCAAAAAACUUCUAUCGUUAAGUGAAACUCGUAAUUCGGUAUAUGAUAUUUUUAAGUGAGCUUGACUGUAACGCUUAUAUUUUUGUAUUAUAUCCUACUAUGACAAUUUGCCAUCGUUUUAUAUUUUAUGUGAAUGUUUUGUAAAAAAUGUAUAUUUUCUUGUAACGUACAAAAGCUAUUUAUUUUAUUAUUUUCGUCUUGCCAUAUUGUAAUUGUAAGUUUUUUUGCUGAAACAAAACGUAAUAAUUAUAACCUUGAAAGUUUUAAACCUGAUUAAAAUUUUUGUGUAAAUGUUACCUUCUUUCGAUAAGCAGCCUAUGUAGAAGAUCUCUGUAAUAAAUACAUUUUUUCUCCAAAAA